AUGCCGGACGCACCGGCCGCGACACCAAAGCCCGCGGGCGCGAAGCCAUCCACCACCGGCCCCAAACCCAAGCCCCGCGCAGGGGUGGUGCGCAAAACCAAAGCGGAGCGAGAACAAUUUGCGAAAGAAGAAGCCGAACGCCAAAAGGCGCGGCUCGCGGAGGAAGCCAAAAACGAGCGCACGAGGGGAGGUGCACGGGGCGGAAGAGGGGGUGCUGGUGCUCGUGGAGGCAGAGGGGGUGCGUCUGCUGCCGGGCCGAGAGAUGAUCGUGCCAGAGAUGGACCCAUGGGAGUCGGCGGUGGCGUGUUCGGUGCUGGUAGCGGGUUGAAACCGGGCGGCCGACCCAGAGGCAUGCUCGCCGAAGGACACAGUGAAGUGCUGGACGGACAGGCCGCACUCAAAUUUGACGAAUCCGGAGGCGGCGAACUUGCUGGAUCUUCUGGUGGUGGCGGUGGUGGUGGAAGAGGAGCGGCCGCAGGAUCCCGAAAAGCAGGAGACACAUAUGAGAUUCCCUCGGACGACGACCCCGACGAGCCGAAGCGGGAUAUCGAGAGGAUCUGGAUCUCCAGCGAGGAAGAAGAAGAAGAAGACCAAGGACCUGUUUCUAGCAAGGGGAAACAAAGAGCAACACCGCGUACGUUCAAGGCUUCACUGGCUCUCCGACCUGUGCGCGCGCCUCGGAUGCGGAGAGAAGAUGAAGAGGAAAAUGCAAAUACCGUCUCGGGUAAGAAGCGGGGAACGCUCAAGAAGAAUGAAGAAUCUGUGGAUGCUCAUGAGCUGCCUGAAGACGGCGAUGCGAUGGAUGUGGAUGUGGACGUGGGCGUGGACGACCCGGUCUUUGUCAAAGAGCAGCCAUCCAGUCCUGAGAUGCGGAAACGGAAUCUCAAAAAGCCGCGCAGCCUCAGCGGCCGAGCCCGAGAUCUCAAGCUGGCCGCGGAGACGAUCGAAGAGCGAGCCGAACGGCUACGGGUCUCAGACGAUACACACAAGCUCCGAAAUCUGUUUACGGGCCAUCAAGCCGGCAAGCCGGACCCGACGAGCCAGGAUGCCGAUGAGUCGGAGGAGGAUUCUGGUAUCGAAGACGGCAAAUUGUUUCUUUUCCAAUUACCGCCUCUGACGCCGUUCUUGCUAGACGAAGAGUCGAUGAAUCACGAACCGGCCGUCAAGGCAGAGCCGAAUGCCGACACGACAGUCCCGCCUUCAGGAAUAACUGUUUCGAUUCCCUCCGCUGUGAAAAAGGACCCGGAGACCGACGCAGUUGCCGAUCCUUCGCUACCCCAUCUCCUGAUGGACGGCAUGUUGACGGCGUCUGAACCCACCCGCCUCCCGUCUGGACUGGUGGGGAAAUUGCGCCUCCACAAGUCCGGCAAAGUCUCUCUCGACUGGGGCGGCACGGAUAUCGAAGUGCAGUAUGGCUCCGAAGUGGACUUUCUGCAGGACGUGGUCAUGGUCAGUCCGGGAGUCAAGGCGGAAGGACAGGGCCAAGAAAACGGAGACGCAGACGAAGCGGGUGCAACCAACAAGGGCAAAGUCCCCGGCACGGCGUAUGCUUUGGGCCACGUCAGGAAGAAACUGGUCUUGAUUCCAGACUGGGCCAAACUGUAUGAUUGA